GGACUUUCUAGUAUUAUCUGUGCUAGUCAUCCCACCGACUGAUACUAUGGAGAAACCCAGACCCGGCCCUGGCCACACCAGCUCAUAUGGCCAAGCUUGCAUGCAAUGUUACAAGGCAAAGUGCCGAUGUGUGCCACAUUCAAGUGGUGACGGUUGUGAAAGAUGCCUUCGUCUCAAGAAAGAUUGCCAGCCAUCUGGCACGACUCGCAAACGUAAUGGUCAGAAAAAUGAAGAGUCCGAUGUACGAAUCGCCCACCUGGAGGGCAAGAUAGAAACACUCUUAUCUGCAGUGCAGUCUAUGGUCAACUCUUCCGCACCGUCGGCUGAAUUCCGUCGGCUACUUGACAGUGGGAGCAUUCCAUCAUCCACGUCUGGCUCCAAGGACACCCCAGCAAAUUCCAUCAGCACCAGUGGAGGGCCGACGCCCGCAACGGACCUGUCUCCGAUGGGACCAAACCCGUUCUCUCAAUCCCCUUCUAACCCGUCUGCAGUUCAACCAGAUGAGUGUCUCGGUUUCUUUCGAUCCCGAAUGCUGCCCUGCUUUCCUUUUAUCAACCUUACCCCAGACAUAACAGCCCGGCAACUAUACCAAGACCGCCCCUUCCUAUUCCAGGCCAUCCUCACCGUUACCACGUUUUCGACACAGAGAAAGCUAGCUUUGGUCGAAGAGCUGAAGCGGAUCCUAUUCACAUCUGCACUUCUCAAUCUCCAAUCCAAUAUCGACCUACUGCUUGGCCUACUAACCUAUUUAGCAUGGAGUACCGAUGCCUUUCUUGGGCGAGCGGACCUAGUAUCUCGCCUCAUGAUGCUCGCUAUUUCACUAGUAUACGAUCUGCGGCUGUUUAAGCCAUCCCCACCAGACGUAAAAUUGGUUAUGACAAUUACACAAGGACGGACUUACGAGAAUGACGAAAACACCAUCGAAACUGUCCAACUUUUCAUGGAGAAGCAACGAGCACUUCUGGCAUGUUUCGUUUUGAGUUCCAAUAUUUCGUCUCACCUUGGGCGCGUAGAUGCUCUAAGAUGGACGCCUCAGAUGGAAGAAGCCCUUCGUCUAAUCGAAAUGAACAAGUCAUGUCCAACAGACGAGGCUUUCGCAUUCCAAGUACGCCUGCAGUUACUCAAACAAAGAGCGGCUUACGUCCGAGAGCAGAAUGAGACAGAUCGGGCUCAUUCACCCACAGCUUCCGUAACUUUCUCGGUUCCAGGCUUGUUAUAUCUUAAGACAUUACUAGGGCAGCUGCAUGAACUGAGAUCUUCGAUUCCUCCGGAUCUCCCUCAAAGAGGCAUCCUCAUUACAUACGGGCACUACGUCGAACUAUACAUAAACCAGCUAGGUUCCUGUUUGACAUGGGACUCGGUGGUCCUCAAUCCGUCAGGGCAGAGGACUGACGUGGGAGUUUUACCUGGAUUUGAACGCCUUGAGAGUUUAUGGCGGUCUGUCGAGAGCAUCAAGUCGUUGAUGGACAAUUUCUACAACAUCCCCCCCUCAGAACUUGUCGGUCUUCCAUUUCACUUUUGGUCACAAAUGAUACUAUGUAUCACGGUUUUAAAAUACCUGUCCGUUCUUGAAGAUCCAGCUUGGGAUCGCCGAGCAGUGCAGAACACUGUCGACAUAAUGUCCACAAUGGAGUACAUGAUCCAGAAACUCGAGCUAACCAGCCAAGAACUGGGUCUUCAGUGCGACGACAAUCUCUUCAGACUUUUAUCAAAACUUUUCAGCAAAUGUCAGGUAUGGGCUGCUGAGCGGUGGAACUUGGCUUCUCAGCUACAAGAUAUAGGCCAGAAUGCCGAUCCUUGCGCGUCUACUCUCAAUAGCUCCAUACCAGACCUAGACCAGAUGAUUUGGAUGCAGUCGAUGGACUUGGAAAGUGAUCAGUGGUUUGAUGAUAUGAUGGGCUGGCCUACAACUUCUGUCUAGCCGUGUCAGGCCAAGAACAAACAAAUAUAUCACCAAUCGAGAUCACUUUGGACAUCCAACUAUCGCGGUAUAUGAAGUUAACAUGAAGCCUGUCAUUGUACAACACAACACCUAUAAUAGCCUAGUUCUUGCCCUGCUGGUCAAGGCACGCUUUUUCAAAAGAGGCAACAGUUUUUUUAACUAUAAGAUGUAGUUGUGUGGUGCUCAAUAAGAGUUUUGGCGUUAUCUGGG